AUGAAUGUGAAUACAAAGGCUGUCACAAGGAAGGCCAAAGAGCUAUUCCAGCAAAAAUCCUUCGAUGCAUGUCUAAAGGAACUGCAGCCUAUUCUCGAUGGAGAGGGUGGCAAAAAUAUCGCCUGUCUCCUUCUUGCUUCUGCCUGCUAUGAUAAUUUGGGGAAAGAAGAUAAAGCCGUGGAUACCGUUUACAAAGUUCUUAGUCUGGAUAAUAAAAACCCAACUGCCUGGCAUCUUCCACCCGGGCUGCCACAGUUGAGGGAGUCCUGUAGUCUUGUUCUUGCCUCAGACAAUGCCGACUCCUUCGCCCUCGAGGCUAUUUUGCCCUUCUCCGAGGAUGAAAAAAUAUUCGGCUGUUUCACCGUCAGCUUUACAGGUCUAAAUGAGAAGCAAACUGAUCUUAUUUUGCUAAAAACAUACACUGAGCGAUUGAGCAGCUGCGUCGACAGUGGAAGUGACACCGCAUACUUUACGCUAGCACUUGCUGAAUCCUUCUUGGAAACGUGUCAAGCUUUAAAUGAAGGAUAUUUUGAUGACCUACGGCAGCCUUUUGUUCGCCUACAGGAACUCUCGGUACGCGGGCUUAAAGUAGGGGAGAGGUGGCAUCGGCAGGGUUUCCUAGACGUACACAUAUCGGCGUUGAGUGCGAUCAUUGCGUAUGCUUUGAACGAUUUCAUUCGCUGUGACUUUAUUCUACGGGAUCUGAUGGACUUUUGCCGUUCAAGUUAUGCACAAGUGGCUAAGGAUAUUACUCAGUUUACCACUUUCCCAAAUGCGCCUCCAAGCACCUUGACAGACUUCCUGACUCCGCGACUCCUCUACACUCCUGUUCGUCUCUUCGGUGAUUCUCUGCCCCAAGACCAAACUCCUCUUCACCGUGUGUUCGGUUGGGCUGGUUGCCUGCUUCUCAGUAACGCCGCGAAGUCGAAUUUCAGGCACUUGUUAGUUCCAUCAAUAAGUCUCUACUCAACAGAAUGUCUGGGUGCGAAAGAAAAACUUACUUGGCCCCUACCUCAAGCCGUUCUUUUCACGGAAUGCUGUCUUCUCAUAGAUGAUACCACAAAUCUACAACAUUUUGUCAAUUUUUCGUCUUCCCCAUCGGGUUUACUUGAAAGUUAUUCCGUCGAAGAAGAUGCUUAUGAAGUGUACAAAAAGACCGAUCACAAACUCUUUACUCCUGCAAUGUGCCUCAACUACGGUCUAGUCGCCCUUCAUUUGAAGAAACUUACUGAGUGUGUUCCAGCACUGCAAAGGGCUGUGAGAUCUCAACCGAUGAAUCCACUAGUAUGGGAGAUCCUCGGAGAGAGUUACAUGGCACGGGGAAGCUUUGGAAUCGCGUUGCAGUCUCUGGAAAAGGCAAUUCAACUUGAUUCCAAUCGUUUGAUGUCUCACAUAUUAUACGCUCAAGCCUGUACUGCUCUCUCCGACUACUCAACUGCUCUUACAGCCUACAGUCGCGUUGUAGAGCUCCUUAAGCAUCAGAAGCUUCACUCUCUAUCCCUUCUCGCUAACAAAGGGCUAAUUGAACUAAACGUGAAAUUAGCUGCACAGGAUUUAAAUAGUGGAAUGCGAACGACAGCGAUUCACUAUAUCGAAACUGCACUUUCUUACGGUUCGAGAAUGCUGUCCCUUUUUCUCAAAUCCUCCACUGACGCUGCAGUGGGACGUGAGACACUCCUUGCGUGGAUAUGCUUGGGCUUGCUGGAGCUCUCGCGGGCUAAUUACACCCAAACAGGAGACGAAGGAGAGGUAGCCAGACCGCUCUUUGGGAAGUUCAUGUGUUUCACCAAAGCUAGCCAGCGCUACCUCUUGCAAUCGGAGGCAUGCUUCUUGAGGGCUCUCCAAGUUUGCAAACAGCUGCAGCCUGGUAACGAUCAGCUGGCUGCGCUCGCAUGGUUUGGCAUGGGCUCCGUCCUCGCCUUGGGGGGAGUUUUUACACGCCGGCGUCUCUCUUGCGUCGAAACUCCUGGAAAUAAAUCGAAAACAGGAUGCAUUAAUGCCUGUCCCUUUCUCCCCUCCUCGCCUGCAAAUCGGUGUCUGCAGGACGCGCGUCGUGUUCUGGAUGUGUGCCAGCGAAAAGACUUCCAGCAUCACGGAUACUGGCUUGUUAUGGCCCAACUAGCCUCUGUUAAUUCCCAACAGACUGCUUCUGUUACCAAGUUUGGCGAGCCAGGUGAAACCCAGUAUCUCCUACAGUCUGUCAGCUGUGGAUUUAAUCUGGACGCGAUGUGGCACAUUCUGCCGAGGGUCUUCCAGUCUUUCAAGAGGUCUUCCACUACCGAAGCCAGCGGUUAUGAUGAGGAGAGCAUAAAGUGGUCACGUCUGACUGCGGCUGAAUAUCUCAACCGAUGUUUAGGCAAGUCGCCCGAAUCACGGCUCAGGCCGUUCUUAUCUAGCUCUGCCUAUGAUCUCCUCUCGGUGUUCACACCAACUGACUAUGAACGUCUCACUGUGAAGGCCCAUUACUUUCUUUCUUCCUGCAGUCAAGGAAAACUCGACCAAUCUUUGUGUGAGGAGUUUCAGGCACUUGCAGCUGACUCGCCUGUUGGUUGUGGAGUUUGUGCUGCUACAGCCCUUGCUAACCUUUUCAAGGGAAACUCAGAUGCGACUAGAAACAGCCUCGUAAGGGCCUAUCGAGCCGCAGGCAUGGAGGUUACUCUCGGUAGUCUGAGCUGCCUGGCACCGGCCCUUUUGCAUGCUGCGUUGCCUUCGGAGGUGGAGGGGUUAUGGGAGGAACUAAGUUCCUUUUCAGUGGAUCCCAUUCGACGCCUCGUCAUCGCCGAGGGUCUGCACGUAAAGCCUCCCUCCCUAGCUCUCCACCACUUGAGCGCCUUCCUCAGUCACCCAUCCUACGGUUAUGAGUACUUUUUGUUUCAAUUUCGUAACUCAUCGACCACUGAGCACAUUAGACAUCUUCUUACCUUGAGCAAGACAUGGGCUCUUUUGCGACCCGAUUCGGAGCCUGUCUGGACCCUGUUGGCGGCAACGCUACGUCUGUACUCCAGACUACAAGGUGUCAAGCCGAAGUCCAGGGUGGCUGCACGGGAGGGUGCAGUCGCGUCCCUCCUCUCUGCUUUUACGGUCCGUUCGCCCGACCCCACCUCUGAGACUUUUGCUGUUAAGCUGGAUUGGUUUCACUUUGCUCAAUUUCAGGAUUGA